AUGCAAAUUCCAAAGCGAAACACGGCUACGCGUUGUACUUUGCUCCAUAUGUUCUUCUUGCUUUCAAACCGCCACCGUGUUGGUAGUUUGAGUACCACCACUACCAACAACACCAAACCUGGCUGCCAAAGCAGUUGUGGUAACGUAGAAAUUCCAUACCCAUUUGGUAUCAGGCCAAAUUGUUCUAUGAACUUGUAUUUCAACAUCAACUGCAAUACUUCUGUAAACCCUCCAAAACCUUACCUCUCCUAUGCUGAUGUGAAUCUCGAAGAAGGCCCUUACAGCUUAGAGGUUGUUACUAUCUCAAAAUCCCAAAUCUAUUAA